AUGGUGAUGACAAGCAUGAUGACGAUGAACGAAGAUGAUGAUGAUUCGGAUGAUGUUAAUGAGGAUGAUGAUGAUAAUGAUGACGUUGAUGAUGAUGACUACGAUGAUGAGGAUGAGGAUGACCAUGAUGAUGAUGAUGAUGAUUCGGAUGAUAAUGAUGAUGAUAGUGACGAUACGGAUGUUGAUGAUGAUGAUGAUGAUGAUGAGAAUGAUGGUGAUGACUCGCAUGACGAAGAUAACGGUGAGGAUGAGGAUGAUGCUGAUGAUGAUGAUGAUGACGAUGAUGAUGAUGAUGAUAAUGAUGAAGAAGAGGUUGAUGAUGAUGCUGACGAUGACAGUGAUGACUUGGAUGAUGAUGAUGAUGUUGAUCAUGAUGAUGAUGAUGAUGAU